GAAAAACUUUAUGUGGAUUCCUCAUUUUUCUCGUCAUACACAGGUGAUAAAUAGAUAGAUGGACAGAUAGUGGUUUCCUGGAAGGCGGAGAGGAAAAGAGGUGUGAAGGGAAAGGUGGUCCCUGUCCGCGCCACGCUGAGCGCUGAAGCCUCUGUCUGAAGGGCUCCUCUUUUGGGAGAACGUAGACGCCUUCCAGCAGGGAGGGUCCUCGAACUCCACCCAAGAACUGCAGGGGAACCAGGUAUGACAGUAAUGCAAUUGUAAAAAGAGGCAGCGGAAGAAGGAAAGCAGGAAGGAUGGACAAAGAAGAAGGAAAUCGAAAAGAGGGGAAAUAAAAAGAAUUAAAGGACCACUCAUUCUUGGCGGGGAGGGGAAAAAAAGAAGACCCAUUAAGGGAGCGAAAGGUUGAGAAGGACUGAGACCGUGGCAAAGCCCAGAGUCCUGAGAAACUUCGCGAGAAAGAGGGGCCCUGCGGCUGCCCAUCCCCAUGUUUGGGCACAUGGAGUUGUGGCUCCUGCUCUUGAGUCCUGCCCUGGGAGGGACAGUAUCUGUUUAGAUUUGCGUCUAAAUUUAAACCCUGAUCGUCGGCCUCCCUCCCCGCUCCCCACCCUCCCCUCUCCUCCCUCCCUCCUCCUCCUUCCUCGUUCUCUCGCGCAGGGCCCCCGCGGCCGGGGCAGUCCCGCAGCCUAGCGCAGCCGGGCGCGCGCCGCCGCCCACUCGCCCUGUGCCAGCCGCAGCCCAAACCUGGCCCCGGCCGGGAGCCGAGAGGACAGCGGGGAUCGCGAGCUCCUGCCCGAGCGAGCGGGCGCGUCAGCAGCAGAGUCGGCACCUGAAGGACAUGGAGGAAAGACCGACAGAGACCAAUGCCAAUGUGGACAACUCAGCAUCCCUUUCGGUGGCCCAGCUGGCCGGGCGGUUUAGGGAGCAGGCGGCUGCUGCCAAGGAGACACCAGCCAAUAAACCGACCCGAAGGAAACCGCCCUGUUCCCUCCCCCUGUUCCCCCCCAAGGUAGAGCUGGGCCAGAAUGGUGAGGAGAAGUCACCGCCCAGUGCGAGCCACCCUCCUAAAUUCAAGGUCAAGAGCUCGCCUCUGAUUGAGAAGCUUCAGGCCAAUUUAACCUUUGACCCGACUGCUCUGCUGCCUGGAGCCUCACCCAAGAGUCCCGGACUCAAGGCCAUGGUGUCACCAUUUCACAGCCCACCUUCUACCCCCAGCAGCCCUGGCGUGCGAUCUCGGCCCAGUGAGGCAGAGGAGGUGCCCGUCAGCUUCGACCAGCCCCCUGAAGGCAGUCAUCUGCCCUGCUACAACAAGGUGCGGACGAGGGGUUCAAUCAAAAGGCGCCCUCCCUCCAGGCGAUUCCGAAGAUCACAGUCGGACUGUGGGGACCUUGGAGAUUUCAGGGCGGCAGAGUCAUCUCAGGAGAAUGGUGCUAAGGAAGAAGAUGGGGAGGAGGUGUUCCCAUCCAAGAUCAAGGCCCCAGGAUCUUCUCGGUCCAGCGAGGGGACAGGGGGAGAGGGAGUGAGAACCCUGGAGCCCGCUGAAAAGCCUCCUCUGAGGAGGUCACCCAGCAGGACAGAGAAGCAGGAGGAGGACAGGGCCACAGAGGAAGCCAAGCACAGUGAGAAGGCCAGGCGGAGUUCAGAGGAGGUGGACGGCCAGCACCCAGCCCAGGAGGAGGCCCCAGAAGCACCCCAGACCUCUGGCCCGGAGGCAGAGAAUAGAUGUGGGAGCCCCAGGGAGGAAAAGCCAGCUGGAGAGGAAGCACAGAUGGAAAAGGCUACAGAAGUGAAGGGGGAGAGGGUGCAAAAUGAAGAGGCGGGACCCGGACAUCAGAGCCAAGACACAAAGAAGCCAGAGGAAGGAGCUGCAGGGAAGGAGACCUCCCUUAGUCCCCCUGGAGGAGUGAAGGGUGGCGAUAUCCCCAAGCAGGAAAAAGGCAAGGAAAAACAACAGGAGGGGGCAGGGCUCGAGCCAGGUUGCAGCCCCCAGAUCGGCCCUGCCCCACAGGAGACUGGCGGUGAGAUCCAGAGCGGGCAAGUAGUCCUCAAGCCAGAGGAUGACACUCCUGUCCAGGACACUAAAAUGUGAACAGCUCAUUGUGCCCCAGUGAUGAAGUUGCUGGACACAUCUCUUUGCAAGUAGCAGCAACAGUCAUAGGAGCAGCAGACAAAGGCAUUGCAGAGGUAGAAUACGCUGAGUAUCUGGAGUCAGCCUGAAGACACAGGGUGGAUUAUUUCCUGGCCUCCACACCGAAUGUUUCCUCACAAAUAGAGACUGCAUCUGAGGGCAGCAGACUUUUAUCAGCUUGAGUUUAUGUCAUUUGAUGGACUUAGUUAAACAACAACUUAUUUAAAACAGUUUACUGUGGCAACAAGUCCCCAGGGGCACUGGUCAGCCCGUGGGGCACUGGAUGCUAUCCACACCCACCUAUCCCUGCAGCCGACCUCCAAACUGAGCUCUGAGUUCGCUUAUCAGAUUUUGCUUGGGUAGAGUUUCUUUUUAUUGUUCCAAAGUUUUUACAGUUCUCAAAUAUCAGUUAAAGCCCAAUUUUAGGUGGCUAUAAACAUAAAAUAUGAAUUAUAAGUAAGUUAUAGAAGUCCCUAAAUUGUAUCAAAACCCUAGAGACAACUUUUCAGCUUGGUCCAAAUUUGAACUGGCCAACCAGUCUUUAAAACAUUAGACUAGAAGAGAUAAUGAUUGAAACAUUUUAAAAAAGGAAAAAGUGUCUGCUUUUCCUGCCCUGUGGCUUUCCAGUUGGUGACCCCCAUGGGAGAUUGCUGGCUCAGCUCCCUCCCUUCUCCUACCCUUGAGAUUGUGGAGGACUCCCAUGGAGAGGCAGAAUGGCAGGAGGUUUCCUGCUGGCAUUGCAUCUCCUCCUGAAAGCAAAGCAGUGAUACUGAAGGAUGCUGGCUCUCGGAUGGAUCCUGUGAGGAUGCAUUUGCAUUUCCAGAAUCCUUGAGCGUGGAUUAGAUGUUUCCUGGGGGGUGCCUUGAGUGCCAUGAUGUGCAAGCUACAUAAUUAAAUCAUUUUUCUUAGUUUCCCUGGGAAGCUUUUCUUGACUCACAGCCCAGAUUGCUCUCCCCAACACAGAAGGAGUGAGUUGGAGUCUUUAGUCUCUUCUUAUUGGGUAGCUCUUGCUUUAAUAUUCUGUUUGGAAAUGUAGGGCGUUCUUCGAGGGACAGGGUCCUGACUACCCAGUCUUUGACUUACAUCCUCUCCCUUCUUCAUGCACACCUGUGUAUUAAUCCAAAUACACAUUUAAACUUGCGGCUGAUCGUUGUUCUGAUUUGAGUAUUUGAAUGUCUCAAUGUGCUGAUUUGGUAGUUGGAAGGAUUGUUUUCCUGGAGGUCUGUUAGACUACACCCCACACUGACUUCAGAAAACAGUCUCUCACACAAAAAGGCCUUAUGUCGCCACCGGUACCUCAAUUUCCUCCUCCCAUUUACAGUUUUUCUAACUCCAGGGUAGUGUUUAGUGUUCACAUUUGGGAUGUAUUUCUUGUCAAAAUUAUUUUUAAAUAGUUUGUAAUUUGUAACAAACUUGUAACCUGGUUGAGACUGAUAUUGUCGUAGUUAUGAUAAACUUUGGAUAUUAGCAGAA